UAGCUGAUGCCGCAAAUUGUCUUCGGUGUUCAAUCGCGGCUGUGCAGCUCGCUUCACUCUCUUGCUUUGAAGUCCAGUUGACUCUUCAUACCGAUAUUCUCAACAUCUGUGCUUGCUCGGUCAGUAUGGCCCUGACAUCUAUCAAGACUUCGGGAGACAAGAUCGAGAUUGUCAACCAGCUCUUGCUGCCGCAUACCACUGAGUUCAUCGAGAUCGACUCCAUCGAGCAAGCUCACGAUGUAAUCAAGUCCAUGAAGAUUCGAGGUGCCCCGGCGAUCGCUUCACUCGCCGCCCUGACUAUAGCAUCCCAUCUCUCCCGAGCACUGCAGACCGAGCCUACACCAGACUGGCUUGCUUCACCGGGUCUACUAAAUGAAUACGUAAUUCCGAAGCUCGACUACUUGUACACCGCGCGUCCGACCGCAGUCAACCUCGGGGCGGCUACGCGGCGGCUGAAGCACAGACUCCGAACUUCCCUUGAGGAGGGCAAGGACGCACGCGCGACCGCCCAGGAUUUGAUAGUAGAGGGUCGUGAGAUCGAUGCUGAAGACGUCUCUCGAAACAAGAGAAUGUCGAAGUGGGGAGGGGACUGGUUGAUCGAGCAGGUGAAGGCGAAGGGCAAGCCCACAGAGAAUCUCAAUGUCAUGACAGUAUGCAACACUGGGUCGCUGGCAACAUCUGGUUAUGGCACAGCAUUGGGAUUGAUUACAUACCUCCACGAGACAGGAAAGUUAAGCCGAGCUUUCUUCACGCAAUCCACACCCUACCACCAGGGGUCUAGACUCACAGCACUGGAACUCUUGACGUUGAACAUACCUUCGACUAUGCUCUGCGAUAGCAUGGUGGGGUCGCUAUUCCAGCAUAAUGACGUCCAUGCUGUCGUUGUAGGAGCCGACCGCAUAGCACGGAACGGCGACACGGCUAACAAGGUCGGCACGUACAACGCUGCGGUCCUUGCAUCGCGACACAACAUACCAUUCAUUGUCGUGGCCCCAAUCAGCACCGUCGAUCUUGACAUAGCCGAUGGCAACGCGAUUCCCAUCGAGCAAAGGCCUGCCAUUGAGGCACGACUUGUUCGGGGAGCCGUGUAUCCAUUCGCAUUGAACGCUCAGGGCGUGAAGCAGCAAGCAACUGUUAUGGUCACCCCGGAGAACCUUGAAGGGGUUUACAACCCUAGUUUUGAUGUCACUCCCGCGGAAUUAAUCACUGCUAUCGUGACGGAGAAGGGGGUGGCGGUCAAGACGGAUGGAGCGAGUGGGUUUGACUUAUCGAGUAUUGUUUGAGCAAGCCAGGAAGUCGACAUAGAGCUGUAUUAUGUUGCCGGAUUAGUCACUCUUCUAUAUGUCCUCAGUUGUCGGGAAUUGAUAUGCAUAUGCCAGUGC